GUGAAGAAAACCCUAAAUAAGAAUGCUUGAUUAACAAUUAACCGACCUAUCUUUUGUUUAACCACUUUGAAACAUAUAAACUCGCUUCUAAUACUUUUGCAAAUUUCAAUUAAUCAACUUCAACUUUGCAUUCAUCAAUUAAUCUUGACUUCGAAUUUCGAACCUAUUUCAAAUUCAUAUUCAUACCGCCGAAGGUAUUUAUUUGUUGAAAAAAAAUCAUGAAAUUUCAGAGAGGAAGCAGGGUAGAGGUGUUAUCUGACAAAGAUUCUUUAGGUGCUUGGCGAUGUGCGGAAAUCGUGGAAGAUACUGGAGAUGGUUACAGAAUUAGAUAUCAUCGCGGUGCAGGCAUUGCUAAAGGCAGUGUUAAGAAGGUUUCUGCAAAAGCAAUCAGGCCUUGUCCUGGACGAGUGGCGGCUUUAAAAAAUUUGGGUGUUGGAGAUGUUGUGGAAGUUUUAGAUGAUGGGUCUUGGAGGGUUUCUGUUAUUCAAGAGGACAUGGGAGAUGAUUAUUAUUACAUUGGUGUAAUUGGAUCCUUGGAUGAGUUUAGAGUGAAAAACUCUAGUAUCAGGGUACGACAAGAAUGGAAAGAGGACAAGUGGAUUCCGAACCAGAAGAGUUAUUGGGAUUUGGCACCUGGGAUUCGUAAGAAGUCUUAUGUGCAACCACAAGGUAAUUCAUUGAAGAGGUCAUCCCCUGAUCAUGGAGUAACUUGUGAAUCUUUGGUGAAGAAUGUCAAGAAACAAAAAGUAGUGCAUAAAGAUGUAGUGCUUGAGGCUAUCCGUGACAGCUAUUCUUUUAUUGGAGAAGUAGAUAACUCCGCUAGCCAAAAGAGAAUUCAGUGUAAAGAUGAUGUGCAACCUACUACUAAGGUAUCCAUUAAAUUUAAUAAUAAUGGAAGUGAUAAUAGUUCCCCAUUAUUGAUGAGAACCUUUGAUGAUGAUUGUGCUAGUACAGUGUCAUCUGUUGCUAGCUGUAGCGUUGCUAAUGCAAUUUCUGAUAGGUUGGUUAGUAAUUCUUCUGCUAGUUGUAGCAAGGAUAGUGAGUCGCUUUCUAGUGAUGCUCAGUCACAUGGUUAUAUGGGAGUGGAGGAUGAUGUGUGUGAUAGUCAAUUAAAAUGUAAUGAUGCAUUAAGAGCACAUGAGUUAGAUUUACAUAAUUAUCGUAGUAUUCUACAUUCUUUGUAUGUGUCUGGUCCUUUAAGUUGGCCACAAGAGAUUGCACUCACAAAUCUCCGUAUGAGGCUUUGUGUUUCAAAUGAUGAACAUUUAGUGGAGCUUAGGAGGUUAAGAUCUAUUGGAGAUCUAGGUUUGAAAUGUCAUUAACGUUGAAGCUGCUUUGUUAAUUAUAAAAUGCACCGGCUUCUGUAUGUUCACAUUGCAAUGUAAAUGGCAGGUGUCAUGACUUGUACAUGUUUGCUACAGUUAAUGUAGGCAAGAAGCUUUUUAAUCGGCAAAGAGAUUUACUGAUCAUUUAUAUUCUAGUUUCUUUUUAUGUAGCUCUGCCUUUUUAUUGCUUGUAUCUUUCAAAUAAAUGACAAUUACAUCUUGUUUAAGAAUGCACGACUUGUCAUUUUUUUUGUUUUUUUUUUUGACUCUUGAGAAUGUUACUAUUAAUAUUGAUGUUGUCAUUAUGAUUAUUAUAAAAUAAUUAUUCUUGUUGUUGAUGCUUCAUGUUCAUUUUUCAGGAGUCGUUCAGACAUGUAAACCUUACUGCCACAAUUGAUGUAGUGGUUAAAUACCUCUGUUCUAUGAAAGGGGCAUCAUGUAAGGCAAUUCAUGCUGGACGCUGAGCAUAAUUUCAUUUAUGCAAUUUUCUUUAAUAAUUACAGGUAAAUUAGUUAAAAAUAUCCCCCCCUAUAAGGUUACCACUCCUAUCUUCAUGAUGACUGAAUUGAAUUGUCGUGAAUAUAUUUGUUUAAAGUUCUCUUGUUGGGCUGGGGCUAUGAAAUUGUUGGUCCAAUUAUGCAGUGAUGAUGCUUUCUUUAAGUUAUUCUUGACAUGUUUCAUCAAAUUUUUGUUAAGCAUUUGCCUAUUGGAAGUAGAAAGUUAAUUUGUAUUAUCAAGUUUUUGAUGAUACCCAUUAUUUAAAUCAUUACGAAAAUUUUUAAUUAUAUAUAUAUAUUUUUAAUUAUAUAUAUAUAUACAUACCCAGUGUAUCCCGCUCGUAGAAAAAUACAACAAAUAAGAAGUGUGUUAGCCUUAGACACACUUGCAAAACCUAAAACAAAUAAAAAGAGAACCAAAAAGACCUAGACAAAAUAAUGAUAGUCCUAGCCCAAGAAAGCCCAACUAUGAUCACUAACCUAGGGGCCAAAUAAACAACCGCAGGUAAAUGAUUAGCUGCCACCCACUAUUAGUGAACAUCCACUUCAUCAGCAAUCCUACACCAAUCCAACAUUGCCGUGUCUAUAUAUAUAUAUAUAUAUAUAUAUAUAUAUAUAUAUAUAUAUAUAUAUAUAUAUCCCUUCUGGUCUUGUAUUAUUCAUCUCGAUUUGUGUUUUGAGGUUGUUAACUCUUUAUAGUUUUCACUAUACAUAGUAGGAAAUAGAAGAAAUUAUAGACGAAGUUAUAUUAUUGAGUGUGAAUAGUCAAAUGUAGCAAAGUCUAAGGUCUUGUUGGUAAAUGAGUUAUGAAUUAAAAUGUAUAACAUGUUUUGGGAUUUUUUUUCUCCAUUGGCUUUUGGUUUAUUGGCCCCCUUUUUUUUUCUAGUAAACGAAGUAUUAUUUGUUAUCAUACAUUUUUUACAACCUUUGGACUUAUCUUGCUUGUUGGAAAGUUGACUUAAAGAUCAACAUUGUCAGCUAGACGAACAAGUUCACUGAAUAACCAACACUAUUUUUAUGGGACUAAAGCUUUGGUGUUGUCAUUGAUGUUAUUGUAAUUGUAGUUGGAGUGGUGUGCUGUGAAUCUAUCGCUUGUUAAAGGUCCGAAGUUGGUGCUUAAAUUUUUAAUCGUAGCAUUUGUUUCUUUAUCUUGGAAGGCUGUGUAAGCCGUUGGGGAACAUUUAAGACAUUGGAAACUAAUUUAUACAAUAUUCCCUGUUUAGUCAUGCACCAUUAGAAUUUAGCUAUCCUUGAUAUACAUUUCAGAUUUCGCAAUUGAUGUGUGAAAGAAUAGAUCACAAGUAGGGCGUUAAUGGCAAAAUUUGUUUGCAUAAUGUAUUAAUGGUGUUCUCAUUUGUUAUUUUUGGUGGUUCUUUUUUCUUUUUGGUUUUGCUGAUAGAGUAUCUAUUGGCAGUUGAAUGGAUAGCAGCAUGUUUGCUCCUCAGAACUAAAGCUUCCAAGUGGCCAUGCAACUUUCUGGUGGCGAAAAACUUGAGGUUAUAUGAUCAGGUCUUUCCAUUUAAUUAUGGGUAAGAGUUUAUCUUCCUAUGCCUGACACUGUUUUACAGUUUGUGCAGUAUAACUUAUUACCUGUAGAAUUAGAGGUUUUGUGGUAAAGGUAAUAUUUCUUUGGCUAAGAGGUAAGGGUUCAAACCUUUAUUUCCCUUAUUUUUCAACAUAAGUUUUGGGUCUACAACUCUACCCACCCCACCCCACUCUCUCAGAUUCUGACCCUAGUUUUUCCAAGGGCUAGAAUUAAGCAAUGGUGCUAAUGGCUUCUGGGAGAACUUUUGAUUUGUGCUGUUCUUUUGUAUGUUCUUGGAAGUUUAUGCAAAGAGAAUCAAUUGGAGUUUAUGAUGCUGUUAUCAAUUUAUGAUGGUAUUUAGUAUUUACUCUGAUGUUUUACUUGACCAAAGAGUAGAGUUAAAAUAGUUAAAAUUUUUACUUGUUGAAAAUAUGUGAUGUGGAGUGAAAAAUUUGCAAUAUGCAGGAGCGCUUGCAUUUUCUGUUUUACAAAAUUACUUCAAAGAAUAUCUAAUCUCAAUUCACAGUGGUUGUGCUUUUUGUAGUCUUUUUAUUUUGUUUCGUUUACUUAAAUAGCUAUUCUUCUAUCUCUUGAGAAUAAUUGUCAGAAACUAGGAGUGAGUGUUUUGGUUAGGGUUUCAACCUUGUUUGGGAAAAACUUAUGAUACAUGAUACAUCUGCUUUCAAACAAACCGAGUUUUUAUGGGCUUGUUCUUCUUUUUCCGAGCUUCUUUUGCAUUUUGCUGUUUGCUCGGAUGACUUUGAACUAGCGAUGGCACGGGUUUUGGACCUUAAGGGUUCAGACCCAACCCGACCCUAAUUUUAAGGGUCUGGGUCCACUUGUUUUUGGAUCCUAUGGAUCCGGGUCGGAUUUGGGUCCAUGACCAUAGGGUCUGGGUUCGGAUCUACACAUUUGAGACCCAGAUCUGACCUAUGGAUCCAUUUGCAUUUUUUUAAAAAAAAAUUAUAUUUUAGCUAUCAUGUAUAUUUAAUUGUUUGAUUUGAAAUUUUGUUAUUUUUGAACUUUUGCGUGAUUUUGAGCAUUACCGGUUCAUGUAAUUUGAAACAUGGUCGUUGUAUCUAUACUUUAAGAAUUAAAUACUUGAUAAAUAUUUCGUUAUAAGAACUUGAAUAUUGAAAAACUUCAUAUAUUUCUCUCAAUUAGUUUAAAGUAUUAGAAGAUCCUCGUUAGUCGAAAUGUUUAAAUAAAUUUAAGCGAAUGGUCGAAAAUUGUACUUCAUAAUAUACAUUUUAAAAAAUUUUAGGAAAAUUUUUUUUUUUUCUGGACCCAAAUCAAGACGCUAGACCCGCCAGACCCUAAGGGUGUGGGUCCGGGUCCAGGUCUAGGUCUAAAAUUUUUAGACCCUACGGAUUUGGGUUCGGAAUCUGGGUUUAAUAAAAAAAUUAGGGUCUGUAUUUAGAUCUUACCGGACCCGACUCAGAUUCGACCUAUGCCCAUUGCUACUCUGAACAAACAGCUUUCAGGAGGAUUGCCCAACUAUGGUAGAGCAGAUUUGAGCAUAAAUGGUGAAGGACACAAGACAUUUAUUUACUAGUUCUGGUAUUGUUUUAGUAAGUUCUUGGAUUUGUCAAUCUAUUAACUGCUUAAAUUUUGUUACAGUACAAAUGAUUCCCGUACGCCAUACGGAAAGUAAGUAUUUUUUUUUUGCUUUUUUAAUUUAAUGUUGAAUUUUCGUAUUUUCAUGGCCUUGAUAUUGUCGAGUCUUGAUCAAUUUGGAAGACGGGAAAUCCAUUUACAACCAAAGAAUAGUUAAUUGAAUUAGGUGAGUUCGAUUUUGAAGGAUUAUGUUUGAGGAACAACCGAAUACUCAACAGAGAUGAGACCAGUCUAUAUAAUAGUUUAUUUUUUCAUACAUUAAGGUCAUAAGUAAUUCUUUUAAGCUUAUGCAUAAUCACCCAAAGACUAUAGCAAGUAUUUAUAUUAAAAUUAUAAGUGAUCACUUUAACACUAUAAGUGAUUAUUUUAAGACAAAAAAUGUAUAUUAGGCCAGCUCAACAGAGAUGUUCUUACCAUGAGACUGUAUCAUUUAAGAAUUAGUGCAUUCUAAUUUAGAACAAAUGUCCUAUUUGAUGUUUUGACUAUAUUCUCCUAAUUUGUAUUUUAAUUUUAAUCAAGAUAUUAAAAUAUAUUCAAGUGAGAUUUUGUUUU